AUGGGCAUGGUUUCUUAUCCGCAUGUUAUUCCCAGGGUUUUCCAGAGGCUAACAUGCGAAUGUAGCGUUGCGACUAGAGAAUAUGUCGUAGUCAAAGGACAAGAACCCCUUCGUCAACGUUGCGUGAUCGGGCCUGGAUUCUCUCGCGACAAUCAAGGCGUGUUCUCCACCGGUGCCCGCUCAUCCCUUGAGUCGGUCGCAGUACCUAAGGUACCUCCAAAGUUCCAAUAUGGCUAUCUGACGAGGAAUUAUCUUGUUGAUUGCAGCAAUCAAACUUACCCAGUAGCUCAUAGCAUAUUUGAUCCUUCGCGUUUACUCAUCUCAUCGUUCACUGGCGCGAAAAAUUUCGGGAAUAAAACACGAAAGCUUGGGCGGAUGGGAGGCAUUGGCCGCCGCGGCGGUGCGGCGCCGGUCAUCGGCGAUGUGGGUAUGUUUUCGCCGGGUGGAUCACGAACGGCGUACAAGACCGGCAUGGUCGGCGUACGAAAGCUUGGAAGGCAUCGCCGCCUCCUUCUCUCCCUACAGCGACUAAAGGUUGCUAGUCUUCAUUCUCACGCGAAGAACCUGCAACGAUACGCCUAUAGCUUCAUUCCAGUUAAUGUACUUUCAGUGGAAGAUUUGGCGGCCCGUAGGAGUGGAGUCCGGAAGACGAGAACGGUUCGGUGGGGCCAGUCUUCCGGAAGGAGGCCGGGGCCGAACUUCAACGACGACCCGGAGAGUCCCUUGGGAAACCACUUUCAGAGGUCUUUUCCGGCUGCGCAAUAUUCUUUGCAUCAGAAUCCUUGA